GCUGCCAGGAAGCGGCGGCGCGAGGGGCUGGCAGGGCGACUUCCGCUUCCGACUCUCCAGGCACGAGGAACCCGGGAGCCAGGCUAGCGGGAAGAUGCGGCCGCUGACUGAAGAAGAGACUCGGGUAAUGUUUGAGAAGAUUGCGAAAUACAUCGGGGAGAACCUACAGCUCCUCGUGGACAGGCCCGACGGCACCUACUGUUUCCGGCUGCACAACGACCGAGUGUACUAUGUGAGUGAGAUGAUCCUGAAGCUGGCCGCCAACAUCUCCGGGGAUAAGCUGGUGUCCCUGGGGACGUGUUUUGGAAAGUUUACCAAGACCCACAAGUUUCGGCUGCACGUUACAGCUCUCGACUACCUCGCCCCGUAUGCCAAGUAUAAAGUAUGGAUAAAGCCUGGAGCAGAGCAGUCCUUCUUGUAUGGAAACCAUGUGUUGAAAUCCGGUCUGGGGCGAAUCACUGAGAACACUUCUCAGUACCAGGGAGUUGUGGUUUAUUCCAUGGCAGACAUUCCUCUGGGCUUUGGGGUGGCAGCGAAGUCUACGCAAGACUGCAGAAAGGUGGACCCCAUGGCGAUUGUGGUGUUUCAUCAGGCAGACAUCGGGGAAUACGUGCGGCAUGAAGAGACACUGACUUAGGAUGGUCAUCCCAGGGACAUUUUGCUGUGUGAGGGGACUUAGCUUUGUUUCCUGUGUGUGCAGACAUUGUCAUGUUAAGCUGGCAUAACCCUGAGAUACGCCACUUGGAUUCUUACUCAACAGAAAUGGCUCAAAAAUAGGGUUUCAAGCCCUCUAGAAGCAAAAGCAGGUGGGUCACAAGUGUAAGGCCUACUCUAGGCUACUUGGCAUUUCAAGGCUAGCCUGGGCUACAUAGUGAGACCCUGUCUCAAAAAUCUAAAACAGACAAACCAACACCUGCCAAAAGUUUGUGUGGGUAAAUAGAGUAUUUUUAUUCUGUACCUACAUCGUCCUUGUUUGAAUCAGAAGACUUAUUCUGAGAAACAGGUUCUGAGUUACUGCACUGAGGACAGUAAUUAAAUUGUUAUCUGUGAUAACACUGUUUUCUAGGCUCCUAAUAGCACAGUGGACUUUCUAUCAUUUAGUAAUAUCAUUAAAGAUAGAAAUAUAAGGAUAGUAGGUUGUGCCUGUGGUUUUACAGAUGGAGUUUAAUAAAAUAAUAACGUGCAACUCACCUCUUUUUCUUUGUGACAAGUGGUGUCUGGUGUGGAAGAGUCCAUAUUCAAGCCUCAGUUUUGCCAGGUGCCAGCUGUGGUGUUGGAUACAUUCCUCCAUUUAGACAAACUUCAUUUGUCUAAACUUUCUUCAGUUGUCAAAAAUAACCAUAAAACUGCCAAGUAUGGUGCACGUCUUUAAUUCCAGCACUGGGGAGGCAGAGGCAGAUGGAGCUCUGUGUGUUUGAGGUGUACAUAAGGAGAUUGUGGGCAGCCUAAAAAUCAAACCCAAAACCCACAAAACUGAAAGACAUCAUCAAUGUAACAGUAGUAUUCAGAGUCAAAAAUAACAAUUGUAAAGCAUCUAGCAUAGGAUCUGGCAAAUAGAUGUGGAAUAAAUAAUGAAAUAUGUAUUUUUAA